AUCUCUAAAUUAAAUACUAUCUUAAACUCUUACAAGUUUUUUUUUUUUUAUUUUACAAUUAAGCAAUUGAACUGAAUAUCGAACUCAGAACCUCUUACAGGACCAGCGGAAGCAGUUUAUUUCACGGCGGCUCCAGUGGCCGCCGCCAAGAAAUUUCUCCGGUAACCGAGUACACCAGCCGAUACGGAAAUAUCAUCAGCUUGGAGGCAGGGAGCUCUAGCAAGAGCAAGGAAAUGUCGAGACUGAUGCUGAAUCCGGCGAAGAAUCAUAAGCCGGAAACGUAUGAGGACUUGAAACUCGAUGGUUCUUCUUUGCUUUUAAGCUCGUUGGAGAUGCACCUUCCGCGCCACUUGCUUCGUGCUCCUCGUGACCAGAAAUUUACUUACAUGCGCGAUAUUUUGCACGAUUAUGUGCCUCCAGCAUUGCGCACCAGAGAUCAAAUGCAAAAAGAAUAUAGAGAGAAGAUAAUGUCAAGUUAUCAGCCUCUGCAUCGAGAGUUGUACACUAUUGAUCCUGUAGCAUUCUUUGUACCGACAUUUCUGAAAGCAAUUAAUGAUAAUACGAAAAAAAGCUUUAGAAGUAUAAUGUCUGAACCCGCUCCAGGCAUUUUUACAUUUGAAAUGCUUCAACCACGUUUUUGUGAGUUACUGAUAUCUGAGGUCGAACAUUUUGAGAAGUGGGUUGACAGAACAAAAUUCACUGUAAUGCGUCCCAAUACAAUGAAUCAAUAUGGUGCUGUACUUGAUGACUUUGGCCUUCAAACCAUGCUUAACAAGCUUAUGGAAGAUUUUAUUUCUCCAUUGUCAAAAGUGUUCUAUGCAGAACUUGGUGGAUCAACCCUGGAUUCUCACCAUGGAUUUAUUGUUGAAUUUGGCAUGCAUAGAGAUGUUGAAAUGGAAUUCCAUGUGGAUGACUCAGAAGUUACCUUAAAUGUUUGCCUGGGUAGGCAAUUUUCUGGAGGAGAGUUGUACUUUCGGGGCAUGCGAUGCAAUAAACAUUUAAAUACAAUAAGUCGUUCAGAGGAGAUCUUUGAUUAUUCGCAUGUCCCUGGUUGUGCUGUGCUUCAUCAUGGUCGUCAUCGCCAUGGUGCUAGAGCCACAAUUGCUGGUCAUCGAGUCAACCUACUUCUGUGGUGCAAAAGUUCUUUAUUUAGAGAAAUGCAAAAGUAUAAAAGAGAUUUCUUUAGCUGGUGUACUGAGUGCAAUCAAGAGAAGAAAGAUAAGCAAGAUAAGCUGCUCUCGGAAUAUGAGACUUCCGGAAUGGGACCGUGGAGAGGAGAGAGUAAAGCAACCGCAUAAUCUUUUGUACAGUACAGCUGAUCAAUGGAAGUGAAUGGUAAAAAAAAUAGUGUAGCUGUAAUUAUUAGUCCAAAUAAAGAGUCUGAUUCUCCUGAUCUAGUCUAGGUUGUAAAAGUUAAUCACCUGAAAGGGGUGCCUUUGAUAGCUUGGAUUUACCCAUACAAUUGUUACUUUUUAUCUGAUGUCUCUUAGAAGUCUCGGAUUGUAGUCCUCGAGGUAUUGUGGCUUCUGUGUAUCGUUGGGGAUAACAAAUGGUGUUUUUGGUUUCAACAAGAUAUUAAUAGAAUUGAUCUUAUCAA